AUGGGAAUACAAAUGAUUCAAAGUAUCAGUGAAAUUGCAGUCAAUGAUCCUACAGCUCUCAGUAAAGUCGUAAAUAGAAAUGCAGUAACCAUCGCAGCUAACAGUAGCACAAAGUCGUCUGAACUAUUGGCUUUAUUCACCAAUAUAAUCCUUCAAAUUAAUAACGAUGUAGACAAUAGGAAUAUCGAAGAGUGUAUAAAAGAUAUCAUGAUAGUUUUCAAGUAUAUCGAAAAUGAAGAUGCAUUUCAAAAUUUCUAUUGGCGACUAUUAGCUGAACGAUUGGUCUAUGAACGAAGCGUUUCAAUUGAUUACGAACAGAUGAUGAUUACAGAACUCCAAAAAAAGUGUGCUCAGAUUUAUACAUCAAAAUUACAAAAGAUGAUUGAAAAUUUUAAUUCGAAAGAAAAAUUGAUGGAAGAAUAUCAACAACAUUGUAAAAGUCAACAAUCGAUAUGUUAUGGUAUGCGAGAAAAAGAAAAUGUCUUGUGCAAAUCUUAUACAUUUUCUCCAAAAAAUAUCGUUUCAGUCGAUUUGUCAAUCAUGGUACUUGCCACAAAUUUAUGGCCUUUUUCUAUUGUGUCCGACUUCGAUCUACCACUUGGACUCUCGUCUUCAGUUGAUAAUUUCAUUCAAUUCUACUAUCAUCGACAUAGCAAACAAAAACUCAUAUGGCUCUAUCAAUAUUCACGUGGUGAAUUACAUGCCUAUUUUACUAGAUCGACAUAUAUACUUCAAGCAUCAGUUUAUGAAAUAGCUAUCCUUCUUUUGUAUAAUGAUUCAUUAGAAUGGACAAUUCAACAAAUCUGCAAGAAGACACGUAUUAGAACUGAUAUCUUGAUAGAAGUUUUAUAUAUUCUGAUUACAAGUGAUGUAUUAACGUGUUUACAAAUCAAUAAAGAGGAUUUACGAGAGACAAAUCUCCAAAUGGAACAUAUUAUUCGAUUAAAUGAUGAUUUCACGAGUGAUAAAAUAUGUAUCAAUCUGAACAAGCCACUAAAAACAAUAAACAAAGAUACUAUCAAACCUAUAGAAAAAUUACCUGAUGGUGAUUAUAAAUUUUCUACUCAGGCGGCAAUUGUUCGAAUAAUGAAAAAUCGAAAAACUCUGACACAAGCUUGUCUCAUACAAGAAGUUAUUGAUCAGUUGAAUAACAAAAUUACGACCGAUAUUAACCUCAUCGAACAAUCGAUCGAAUACUUGAUCAAUAAAGAAUAUCUCAAGCACAAUGCAGACGAUGACAACGUUCUAGAAUAUUUGCCUUAA